AUAAGGUCCUUCCUGGCAGCUACGUCGCUAGAGAGGCUGCGCGGUGCUCCAAGUCUCAAUCCUGUCAUCACUCCGUUGCCUGCCGUGGUCGCGAGCUGAUGUUCCGGCGCUAGACCAUCGCUGACACUCGAUCUCCUGGAACGACUGCAAGUGUUAAGAGACGCGGCAGCAUGAGGGGACUGCAGUGGCUGGCAAUGAGCCUCACCUUGGCGUUGGCUGCAGGCGAUCGCGUCUCCCACGGGCGCGCAAAAAAAAGUUCCGGUGCCAUAUUCUUCCCGGGAAGUCUUUUGCCUGAGCCGGACACCUCUGUCCUCGAGCUGCCGGAGAACAUGGACCUCAACGCCCUGGACCGAGAAAGCCUCGCACUCCUGAACACUGUCAACAACAUUACGGCCUUCGCGGACCUCUUCGACAUCCUGCUCCCGCCCCCGGAUGAACUGAGCACCAGAUUUGGAGCAUCCUCCGAGGCGGCUACCAUGGCCAACUGCGAGCCUGAAGUGCGCACCGUGCACCUGGACCUGCCUGUGGAAGCCAACACUUUUUUCUUUCCGACCUGCGUGAGGCUGGAGCAGUGCGGUGGCUGCUGCUAUGGCCCGUUGGUCACCUGUCGCCCCACCAAAACAACAUCGAUCUCAUUAAAGGUGCUGAAGACAAAGCUGAAUGACAACAGCAGUUCAGGAGGGCGGCGAUCACGCUCUCGCCGCCGCCGCCGACAAGCAGUUCCCAGCUAUCACGAUGUGGAGGUCCAGAGGCACGACCAGUGUGGCUGCGGCUGCAAGGUGCAGGAGAAGGACUGCAAUCCAAACCUCCACAAUUACUUCGAGGGCGAGUGUGCCUGUGUCUGCAAGAACAAAGACGAUAAGGCGAGUUGUGAGCAGCAAGGCGAGACCAAGUACUGGGACAACGAAUCUUGCAACUGUUUCUGCCGCAGAUCAGUUCCCUGCAGCACUGGCCAGAUCUUCUCCCAACUCACUUGCCAGUGUGAAAACUAGGUGGCGGCUGGCGGAGGCUUCUCAGGCAUGCACAUCCUGAAUCACCCACUCUGACCACCCCCACUGCUUGGAGCUGGCGGCGGCAAGACUUUGUCGUUGAUGUUGAUACGUUCUCACACUGCUUUGGUUUCAUCUAAUACAAUGUGCAGAUCUAAUUGUGGAUGGUUUAAAUGUUUACAUAAAGAUAUAUAGAAUG